GAUCUCGCUGCGAAGGGAGAGGCGAGACCUGGAGAGAGAAAGUGGGGAAGAUGAUACGCAUGCGCCGCGCUGUCUACCUUGUAAUGGCUUGGGCUGUGUGAGGUGGCGACGAGGCGGGUUCGUACCUCGAUGAAGGGGAAGGAGUGGAUUCGCUGUGGUAGAGGAAUAGUUGAAAAAACGGAAAAUGGAAAACGACAAUUGUGUGUGCUUUACAGACACAAAAAGUACAGUUCCUCUUGCGGCCAUGGGAAGUGCGUCUGAAAAGCAAAUUAAGGAAGAUGUGGGAGAAGGAAACAAUGCAGAUAAUACCUCAGAUAUUUCCAAUAUGUAUAGGUAUAUUAAAGAUGACUUGUUUACCUCAGAGAUCUACAAAGUAGAAAUUCAGAACCUUCCCAAAUACAUUGGCUUUAAUGAAGUAAAGAAAUUCCUUGCCAAGUACUGCCUUAACCCUCACAAGAUAAAACUGUUCGGGAAGCAGACUUUUGCCUUUGUCACCUUUAAGAGUGAGGAGGAAAGGGACAAAGCUAUGAAGGUCCUUCAUGGAGUCCGGUGGAAGAACCGAAACUUAAGCGUUAGACUUGCCAAACCAAAGGCUGAUCCCAUCAUAAAGAAGAGGAAAAGAGAAGAGGAGGAAGGAGGUGAGAUGAAAGAGCAGGCAGCAGCAAAGUGCCCAGAGUUAUCAAAAAAUGGCAGAGAGGAACCGCUGAGUAAGCAGAUAGCAGAUGUGGUGACCCCUUUGUGGAAUAUCUCAUAUGAGGAACAGCUGGCAAAGAAGGAGCAAGAAUGUGAGCAAGUGCUGCUGAAACUGACACGGGAAAUAGGGAACAACAACCGAGCUCUGCUACCAUGGCUGUUCGUACAGAAGGAAAAGUACGGUGGUCUGUGUUGCUCCCUGGAGGGAGUGAAAGCCUCACCGUUGCAGACUGAGUACCGCAACAAAUGUGAAUUUUUGAUCGGCAUAGGCCCAAAUCAAGAAGACAAAACGGUGGGUUUUCGCCUUGGCAAAUACAAGGGUGGAACAUGUGCUGUUGUGGAACCAUUUGACACCAUUCACAUUCCUGCUGUUACAAAAAAAGUAGUGAAGGCUUUUCAAGACUACAUAAGGUCUACACCCUAUGGUGUGUACAGCCCAGAAACCUAUGAAGGCCACUGGAAACAGCUAACAGUUCGCACCAGCAGGAAUGGGCACAUCAUGGCAAUUGCUUAUUUUAAUCCACAGAAACUAAAUAAAGAAGAGCUUAUGGAACUGCAAACUUCUUUGGCUAAGUACUUCAUGGAAGGCACUGGAAAAGACAGUGGAAUAACUUCUCUCUAUUUUGUGCAAGAAGGUCAAAGAAAGUCACCCAAUCGUGAAGAUUUGACCUUGGAGCAUGUUGCUGGUGACAAGUACAUAUACGAAGAUCUUCUUGGGCUAAAGUUCCGGAUUUCUCCCCAUGCUUUUUUCCAAGUAAACACACAGGCUGCUGAGGUUCUGUAUUCAGCCAUUCAGGACUGGACUCAGAUGAACCAGGAGACUACAGUGAUGGAUGUUUGCUGUGGAACUGGAACCAUUGGCAUUUCACUUGCCAAGAAAGUGAAGAAAGUUAUUGGAAUUGAACUUUGUCAAGAAGCUGUUGAAGAUGCCAAAGUGAAUGCUCAGCUGAACGAGCUGAAUAAUGUUGAAUUCCACUGUGGAAAGGCUGAAGAUCUUGUUCCUUACCUAGUUAACUUCUUAGCAUUGCAAAAUUCUGUUACAAUUGUGGAUCCUCCCCGAGCUGGGCUGCAUUCCAAAGUAAUUCUUGCAAUCCGAAAAGCUGAACACUUAAAGAAGCUCAUUUACAUAUCCUGCAAUCCUCGAGCUGCCAUGAACAAUUUUCUGGAUCUUUGUCGUGCUCCUUCUAAUCGUGUGAAAGGAAGCUGUUUCCGACCUGUGAAAGCAAUGGCAGUGGACCUCUUUCCUCACACUAUGCACUGUGAGCUACUGUUCUUCUUUGAAAGAGUAGCACGUGCAAGCGGCAAACCUUCUGAAGCUCUUCAGGGUUCAACUGAAAUUCCAGUGGUGAAGUUGGAAGCAGCGAAGUCAGAAGCAGCAGGCUCUACAGAAGAGGAUAAUGUGAACUUGUCUAAAGAGGGAGCAGCUACCACAGGCUCCAGUUACUAAUGGUCACAGGCUAGCCAGUUGGCAUAAAUAUCUGCCCGUUUUCAUUUUUUUAAUUUUAAAACUACUGCUUUUUAAGAAAACCAGAACAUUCAGCCAAGUUUCUGGAACUUCAAAUGGUGGCUAUGCCAAAUAUCAAUUCUUGAUAGAAUGGAGACUUAUAGUGCAAUCCUGACCAUGUCUACUCAGAAAUAAGUUCCAUUAAGUUCAAUGAAACUUACUGCAAGCUAAGUUAGUAUAGGAUUGUAUCUUCAAUAAUUAUGUACCCCCUUAAAAGCUUAAAGUAGGAAGGAAAUGUGGGCAUAUUAUAUAUACACACAUUCAUGGCCAGAGGAGAUUUAACUUGUUUUCUGCCAAACUGAUUUAUUUUCAGAUCAUGGGACAGGUAAAUGUGAGGAACGAUUGGGAAAGCUUGUAUUCCACAGCAAGGCUAUGUUGUAACCUAAGCUAAUAAAUGAUUAACAAAUCCAAA